AGAGCCGGCGUGGGCUGCUUUCGGGCAUUGUCGACAUGUGCGUCGAGGCAGGCGGUCGGCGGCAGCUGAAAAACGGCCCCGGGCCGCUCAACACGCUCGCGUCCCUGUGGCACUGCGUGGCCGCGCUCGCGCUGAGCGCCGCGACCGUGGUCCACAGUGUGGGCCGCUUCCCGGAGCUGGCGGCGCUGUCCCCGCCCGUCGAGCUGCUGCACGCGUACGUCGCCCUGGUGGGCGUCGGCGUGCUGCUGCUGCCCUUCGUCGCGGCUGCCGCGCUGGUGCGCGUCGGCAACCUGGCCAACGACGGCCUGGUCCUCGACGGCGACGACGAGGACGAGGUCAAGAGGUCGCUGCCCAGGCUCUGCUGGCGUCACGGGCCCCCGACGGCCGCUGCGCUGCACGCGGCCUCGGCGCUGUGCCUGCUGCUGCCGCGGCUCAUGGCGGACGCGGCCUUCGUUCGCUACGGACUGCGGCCUACCGGUGACGUGUGGCGGACCGACCUGGACGUGGUGAUGUCGCCGCGCGAGCGGCAGACGGCAUUCUUCGCGGCCAACCUGCUGGCAGAGUCUCCGUCCGACGCCGAACCCCCUUCGGUCGAGUUCGUCAACUACGUCCUGGCGUUGGUGGUGUGCGCUCUGCGCUACCCCAGUGUGGUGUGGGACGCCAAGCGCAGAUUCGCGCUCCUCUUCGCCUUCUACCUGGCCCUCUGCGCGGGCCAGAGGAUACUACUGUUCCCUGCCGCCUCCGUGCUUUACAAGGCCCACAUUGCCGGCGUGGUGCCUCCGUCAUUGCUGACAGACUCCGCCACGCUGCUGGUAGUACUGGUUGCGCACGGCGGCUCGGUGGCCCUGUCGGGCCCGGCGCUGUACUGCGCUGCCACCCUGGACCGGCGGCGAGGCGCUAGCGUCGGCCUACUGCUAGUCCUCCUCGUGCUCGCAGCGCUCUCCGGGGCGCCACUGGCGCACGACCUCGUGCGUGCGUACGCGUCCAGCCGCGACUGUCUACUGGCGGCGGCCGCGGCAGCCGUGACGGCCCAGUGGAUCGUCUGGUCGGCGGCGGCCAUGUUGCUGCUGGCGCCGAAGAAGGCGCCCCCGCCCCCUUGCGGGUGCGAGAAGAAGCGCACGCCGGUGACGCAGCGGCCCGUGGAUGACGAGUACGCCACUCUGCUCGACGUGUGGCGUCCCGAAUCGGACGAGGCUGGUCCCUCUGUGCCGUGGAUUUCGCAUCACCACCGCCACAGUCAGGAAGAGAGGUUGCUAGGCCGUGCUACGGUCACCAGGCUCACCUCGUUCAGGAGCGACCGCGACUCUUCGCUCUACUCGGAAGUACACCGAGUCACGUGACCGCCAGGCGAUCGCGUCACCAUGGAACUUGAGUGCAAAUGUUUGGACCGAAUCACGUGCUUCGGUCGACUGCCUAUUGUUUCAACUUGGGCUGAUUGAUGCGUGGCUUGAAGUGACUGUCUUCAAUGCGUCGUUCGUCAGCGAAACCCCUACACUAGUCUCCAUCUUUCUGGCGCCGAGAAGCUACUCCCAGCAAAAGAAAAUGGCCAUGUGCUCUGUUACGUGCGCAAAUGGGUGUGACCGAGAACUACUUCUGUUGCAUUGUCGCCAACGUAUGGUUCGAUGGUGUAUAUAUUCCUCAUUGUCUGCUUCCUCACUUUGACAGAAUCUCUCACUGCAGUCAUCUCUUGGUGAUAGCAGUGGUGAUGGCCACACUCUUGAGUGGCACAUAACUACUUUUGAGGACAGCCCAGGAACCGUAUUGCAUGAGGAAACAUAAUAUCAACUAGUACUGCAACAAUAUAUAGGACUGCUUCCUUCAUUUCUGAUCAUCACCAUUCGUUCAGUGACAAAACGUGUCGUCACCCUUGACAGCAGGCUUGACCACAUCAGCAAGUAGGCUGCCAAUCUAGGAAUCAAAAGGGUCAGAAAACUGGAUUUGUGACUCGACAAGGAAGAGUAAAUUUUGCUUGUGUAACGACAAACUUUCUCACCACAAUGUUUGUCUUCUGAGAGCUACUUGUUGAUAUUUUUCGAAAGUUUGCCUGAACUUGGGUUAAUAACUUGUGGUGUGUCAUGUGUCAAAGCGCCACUGCAAGCUUAGACACUUGUCAUUGUGGAGAGUGCUUCAUUACUUCGGUACAUCCAGGAUUUCUUUAGAAAUGCCAUCUAUCGUCUUUCUACUGAGUUAUUGUUGCCUUACGUGAACUUUAUAUUGAGAUACAGCUGAAUGUCGCUAAUUACUUUUGCGAGGGCUCAUUAACAUGCAUAUAUUAAUAUAAGAAAAAUAUACACAAAAGCGUUCUUUUGCAUUUGCCAUCCCGUUGGGAUCCAGCUGCACCAGGCAGGUAUCAAGCCCGAGACCUCGUUCUCGACUGAAGAAUACCACAUACACUUAAUUUCUAAGGUAGCUAACAUUAUUUUGUCGUCGAAGACAUGAAGAAGUAUUCAAUCAAUGAAAGCAGAUAAGCACGGCUCUCUUUUUUUUUUUUGGCACUGGGGUUUCCAAGUGUGUCUCGACAAUUCAAUUGUGAUGACACCUUUGCUCAAGCCCCUCUAAAAGCUUAUUUUGACGAGGUCUAGAAUGAUGCAGCUUACUCCAGUGGGCUGCAGUUUAUCACAGUUUGUGGAAUACCGUAAUACAAGGGGCUUUUACAUGAGCAACAGCGUCAGUAGCAACAUCUUAUGUGAGUGUAUUCAGCAACAAAGCAUCAGGAACAUCAUGUUACUUCAUGCUUUUCUCGCACAACGGAAGCAAAAUUGACAGCAUUAAUUAGAUUCAUGCUUAUGCCCCUGCCGAUAACUUUAGGGCCUGCUAGGAUGCAGAUUUAUUGUAACACGUUUUAUGCCUAAACUAAACAUCAUGAGAUGGCAUCAUUAGCAUGGAGCUCCGAUCCAAGCCUUACGUGUUCCACAAAUAGUCAUACGUAUAUGCACGAGCUGAAACUCCCUAGUGGUUAUCACGAAAUGCUUGGGACAUCUAAGCGUUUCUGUGUCUUCAUACGAAUGUUUUCAGAAGUACAGCUGCUCCUUCCUCUACUCCCAGAUGAUAGCGAAUGAAGGAGUGUGUCCAUGUACGGAACUCAUGCUUGUAUUAUGUGCAAAUGUUAAAGUAAUUUAACUAAAAAAAUUCAAGGGAGAGAAUCCUCCCUUUCAUAUCAUUAUUUCCAUAUGUGCGUGUUUUAUUUGCUGAGCUGGCAAACAAAUGUUUAUUUUGGGCACACAUGCACACAACCUUACCAUGUGAUCAUGCAGAGGUUGUCUUGUACUUUCAGUUCCAUUUUCCUCGACUGAGAAUAUCCCGUUUGUCAUACAUAUGCCUCUCAUAUUUAUUUAAUUCUACAAUUCAAUAUACAAAAGUUAAUUGGCUUCAUUAUCUGUUAGCUUCACGUGGUUGUUAGCAAGUUUUCUUCUAUUUGUCGCACGUUUCUGGUCUGCGUUUGUUGCAGUUGUCACACCAUUGUUUUUUGCCACACCGAAGCUCACGAAAACAUUGACCAGUUUGCACGCGACCAAUGUACGCGCUGAAUGAACGUGCGCAAGCUCACAAUAAAAUUGAUCUCAUCCCGCUGUUUCA